UUAAUUUUUGUUUUCCAUUCCUAAUAUUAUUCUCAGCCAUUGAUAACCCUCUCAGAUAUAUAUCCUUCCUCUCUUCCGUUCCUCAAAAUGAUCAAUUUCCGUAAUUUGUUCCUCUCCUUAAUCAUAACAUAUUGCGCAAUUUUAAACUGUCAAAUCUUAUUAGUGCAGUCGAAAGGUCCAAUAUCUUCGGCUGAUCACGAGUACAGCACGCUGUUGGACCUGAGCUGCUGCAAGAAGGGAGAAGCGGAAAAUUCGGCAGUGCACAAGAACCUGAGCCGACUGGCGGUACCGUCGGCGGGGCUUUCUCGGUGCGAUGUUUGGACGGAGGAGUGCUCGGAAGAGGUUCUGAGCCUGGCGAGGAGGCCGGAGACGGUGGAGUGGCUGAGGACUGUGAGGAGGAGGAUCCACGAGAACCCAGAGCUCGCCUUCGAGGAAUUCGAGACGAGCCGGCUCAUCAGGAACGAGCUCGACCGGAUGGAGAUUGCCUACCGGUUCCCGCUGGCUAAAACCGGGAUUAGGGCUUGGAUCGGCACCGGAGGCCCUCCUUUCGUCGCCAUCAGAGCUGACAUGGACGCUCCUCCUAUCCAGGAAGCAGUGGAUUGGGAACACAAAAGCAAAGUUGCCGGCAAAAUGCAUGCCUGUGGGCACGACGCACACGUGACCAUGCUUAUAGGUGCAGCCAAGAUCUUGAAGAGCCGCGAACAUCUUUUGAAGGGAACCGUGAUACUGCUAUUCCAGCCAGCGGAGGAAGCCGGCAACGGCGCGAAGCGGAUGAUCGGAGACGGAGCUCUAGAGGACGUGGAGGCCAUAUUUGCGGCACACGUGUCGCACGAGCACCCGACUGGAAUCAUCGGUUCGAGGCCCGGACCGUUGCUAGCUGGCUGCGGUUUCUUCAGGGCCGUGAUUAGUACUGGGAACAAGGGUGGCAAUGCCCAGUACUCGGGGGACCCCAUUUUGGCUGCUUCAGCCGCUGUUAUCAGCUUGCAGGGUAUUGUGUCUCGGGAAGCCAACCCGCUCGACUCCCAGGUUGUGUCAGUGACUACUUUUAAUGGAGGCAGUAAUCUGGAUGAGAUACCACACACAGUGGUUAUAGGUGGCACGUUUAGGGCCUUCUCCAACACAAGCUUCUACCAACUUCUUCAGAGAAUAGAAGAGGUAAUAGUGAAGCAAGCUAGGGUUUAUAGAUGCUCAGCGGAGGUGGACUUCUUUGAGAAGGAGUACACAAUCUACCCCCCAACUGUGAAUGAUGAAAAGAUGUACGAGCACGUGAGGAAGGUGGCGGUGGACUUGGUGGGGCCGGCAAAUUUCAGGGUUGUUCCGCCGAUGAUGGGCGCCGAGGACUUCUCAUUCUUUUCGGAAGUGGUUCCAGCGGCCUUCUUUUACAUUGGCGUCCGGAAUGAGACCUUAGGCUCCAUACACACCGGUCACUCGCCUCACUUCAUGAUCGACGAAGAUGUUCUUCCCGUUGGUGCCGCCACUCACGCCACCAUUUCCGAAAGAUACCUCAACGAGCGCCAACAUUAAUGACGUGCGCGAGCUAUAAAAAUUUUUGUGAAAUCAUGUAGGAGUCAAUAUUAUUGAGGGGGUACAAGAAAAUUAGAUUUUGCACCUUUGUGGUGUAUGCAAUUUGUAAAGGAUUAAAAAUGUUCCUAAUAGGCGGCUAGGGCUUUGCUCCUGAGCUCUUGUAGUGGUAGAUCAGUACUACAUGUUGUAAUAGUAUUACAUGAUUGUAUAAUUAGUACUUGUAGGCCAUUAUUAUAUGUUGUUUUCAUAACGUUGUGUUUGUGUGUAUAUAUAUAUAUAUAUUUUGGUGGC